AUGCUCGCACCGCACGGCUUCCCGUGCGAGGUAGCUGAGCGUGCGAAGAUGCGUAACGAGGAUGUGGAACGAUUCUGGAUGUACGAGAUAGUUGAGCGGUGGGACGAUGUUGACGUCCUAUCACCGGAUACUGCCGAAACCCUCUCAGCCUUGCACUCAAAGCAUCCCUCAGCCCCUGCUGCCCCGUUUUUCCUGGAUCCCCCAACUGCGAUUGAAGAAUGCCUCCAAGUGGAAGAUAAGGAAAUUGUAGACGCAAUUUUCAGUUUCAAAACCGGGUCGGCGGGAGGUCUCGAUGGGAUUACCCCUCAACACCUUAAAGAUCUCACAGCACAUGGUGUUGGUGAUGCUGGCAGAAAACUCAUUAUAUCUUUAACCAGUAUGACAAAUCUUAUGUUGAGUGGCCGUGUGCAUACAGACAUCGUCCCUAUUCUCUACGGAGCUAAUCUAAUUGCUUUAACAAAAAAAGACGGUGGUGUAAGACCGAUCGCAGUUGGAACGACUUUUAGGCGUUUGGCGUCCAAAGUUUCUGUCCGGCACAUAGUUACAAAAUUACAACAUAAGUUUGAACCAGUCCAAUUAGGUUGUGGAACAAAAGGUGGUUGCGAGGCUGCUGUUCAUGCGCUUCGCACAUUCCUCAGCAACGAUCAAUGCCAAGUUGUAUUAAAGAUUGACAUCAAAAAUGCAUUUAACUCUGUGAAUAGAGACACCCUGCUGGCUGAAAUCAGGAAUAACAUUCCAGAGCUUUAUAAUUACCUCCUUCAUUGUUACGCUGAUCCUUCAAAAUUAAUGUACCACAGUCAUGAAAUCUCAUCAGAAGUUGGAUGCCAGCAGGGUGAUCCCUUAGGGCCGGCUAUCUUUUGUUUAGCAAUCAACCCUAUCAUUCAAAACUUAUCUUCUGAUUUCAACGUCUGGUACUUGGACGAUGGCACCUUAGGAGGCAACUUGGAAACAGUUCUAUCAGAUCUUUCCAUCCUUAAGUCUAAGUUCGAGUCUAUAGGCCUAGAUCUGAAUUGUAAUAAAUGUGAACUAUUCAUUCACAAUUCUACACUAAAUCACUCGGACGUAACUAGGAAAUUUAAUACUAUAACGCCUAACGUAACCACUGUUACGAGAGACUCCCUUAGCCUUCUGGGGACUCCAAUUUUUGAGAGUUAUUUUUCUACUUUUAUCAGCAACACCGUUUCCAAAUUUCAAAAUUACGGCGAUCGUCUUUUAGAAAUCAGCCCCCAUUCGGCCCUCGUUAUUCUUAAGUUUUGCCUUUUUGUUCCAAAGUUAACGUAUAUGCUUCGCUGCAGCCCAUUUUGGAAACAACCAAAUUUGUUGCUGCCUGUAGAUUCCUUAGUCAAGAUUAACAUAGAGCGCAUUCUUAAUUUAAAGCUCUCCGAUCAAUCAUGGGUACAAGCGUCUCUACCCGUUCGGUAUGGCGGAUUGGGGUUACGCAGAAUUUCUAGCGUAUCACUGCCGGCAUUUCUAUCAUCUGUUCACAGCUCUGCUGAUCUCAUAGGAAAAAUCCUAAGGGCUUUACCCACAAACUUUGAGAUCUCAGACCUGGACGAUGCUAGAAAUGCCUGGCUGUCUGCCUGCCCGGGACAUGACCCUCCAUAUAAUCCAAAAUCACAGAGGAGCUGGGACGAUGCUUUAUCGAAAAUAACAUAUACCACAUGUCUAGAUAACAGUGAAGGAGCUGAACGAGCUCGUUUGAUAGCAGUUGGUUGUAGGGAGGCUGGCCACUGGCUCAACGCAUAUCCCUCUCCCAAUACUGGCACUCAUCUAGAUGGAAACACCCUCCGUGUUGCAGUUGGGCUGCGCCUGGGGGUAUCAAUCUGUGCACCACAUAAAUGCCACUGUGGGAGUGACGUGGACGAGCGGGGGCGUCAUGGUCUGUCUUGCCAGCGAAGCGCGGGGCGAUUGUCACGUCACGCCGCGCUCAACGACAUUAUCCGCAGGUCUCUUGUCACCGUCAACGUGCCUGCGAUACUUGAGCCAGCCGGUAUAGCCAGAGAUGGCAAGAGACCUGAUGGUAUGUCACUGAUACCGUGGAGGAUGGGACGAGUGUUGGUGUGGGACGCGACCUGCGUGGACACACUGGCACCGUCUCACCUUCACAGUACUACAAAGAAAGCGGGUGCGGCUGCCGAGGCUGCCGAGACCCUCAAAAGGAGGAAAUACAGGGGAUUCAAAUCCAGGACCUCCGGCUCCGCAGGCGUGACUUUGCCCACCGACUACCCUAUAAUAUGA